AUGAUUGUUGAUAGGCCGUCUACGCUUAUGACCUCCGACUGUUGCAAAUGCGGCUUUGCGCUGGCCGAUGUGAUAUUUGUGAUAGACCAGUCGGAGAGCAUAAGCGAGGAUAACUUUAAGAAGAUCAAGAACUUCAUGAAGAAGCUGUCCGGGCAGAUGGACCACCGAGGCACCACGCGCAUCGGUAGCGUCUCCUACAACCACUUCACCUUCAUCAACUUUCACCUCGACGCUUUUACUCAGGCCAACGAAAUCCUAAAAGCAAUCGACGACAUACCCUAUAGAAGGGGUAGCACAAACACCGCCGCCGGCAUCAAGGUCGCCCACGACGAGAUGUUCAUCCCCAGCAAGGGAGACCGCGCCGAUGCCCCCGACAUUAUGAUCGUCAUGACCGACGGCCAGUCCGACGACCCGGUGAACACCGCUAAUCAGGCCAAGAUCGCGCACAACGACAACAUCAGAACGGUCGUCAUCGGUAUUGGUGAGGCCGUGAACAUUACCGAGCUCCAGCUAAUCUCUUCCAACCCCGCCGAGGACCUGUUUCUCGCCAAAAACUUCGACUGCAGCUCUCGACGCUAUCACCGGAUCUAUCUUUAUUACCACGUGCCAAGAUCGCCCGAUCCCACCAAUGAACCAGUCUCUGUGUGGCGUCAAUCCAUAUGAACCUUCCAAAGAAAUUUGCUGUGGCCAAACGCUUUUCCCACAGGUCGGUGGAUUAAAUGGGACCGUAUGCUGCGGUGAUAAUGUUCUUGACAGCACAACUUACAUCUGCUGCUCUGGACAAAGACAACCACGGUUUGCUGGUCAGUUCACCGCAUGCUGUUGCGAAGAAUCGUAUGACUCAAGGCAAUCCAUAUGCUG